GCUCAUAUAUAUAUAGGGAAUGGCCAGAGCAUCCUUCAUAGUCACUCACUUUCAAAGCCAGCAGAAGGCAAGAGAAAGCACGGAGAGGAGAGCUCCUUCAGUGUCUUUCUGACUGUCUGGACCUGCUUGUCAGAGGCUGAAAGAUGAUGGCAGGAGUGAACAUCCAGCUAGUGUGCCUGGUGCUUCUGGCUUUCAGCUCCUGGAGUCUGUGCUCAGAUUCUGAAGAGGACAUGAGAGCAUUAGAGGCAGACUUAUUGACAAACAUGCAUGCAUCCAAGAUCAGUAAAGCAAGUCCUCCCUCUUGGAAAAUGACCUUGCUAAAUGUCUGCAGCCUUAUAAAUAACCUUAACAGCCCAGCUGAGGAAGCAGGAGAAAUGCAUGAAGAUGAUCUUGUUGGAAAAAGGAAACUUCCUGUUGUUCUGGAUGGCUUUAGCUUGGAAGCAAUGCUGACCAUAUUCCAGCUCCAAAAAAUCUGCCACAGCAGGGCCUUUCAACACUGGGAGAUCAUCCAGGAAGACAUUCUUGACAAUGGCAAUGAAAAAACUGAGAAGGAAGAAGUGAUAAAGAGAAAAAUCCCUUACAUUCUGAAAAGGCAGCUGUACGAGAAUAAACCUAGAAGGCCCUACAUACUCAAGAGAGGCUCCUACUACUACUGAGAAGCUAGCACUUGACACGUGAUUGUGAUUUCCAGAUAUAUAAUUAUGUGUGUGUAAAUGUGACAGAACUUGAUUAUUUCAGCUCUUCCACAACUGUGGUUUAUUGGAUGUUAUGUUUUCUGCAUUCAUGUAAACUGAACUAAAUGUUUUCAAAUAAAUGUAGAUCUUGAGCAUGAUGUGUUCUCUAUAAUUAAAAUAGAUAAUAAUCAUAUCACAUAGUAGGAUGUUUUGCAAUUCUGCAAAAUACGUUACAGGAUGUCUGAACAGUCAUCACAUUUGGCAUUUUAUAUGAAAUUAUGCGAUAUUAUAGCAAAAUUGAGCACACAUCAUUAUCCCAAAGCAGGACAACAGCACCAUUUUGAUCAUUUGAUUUUUUUUAUUUUUAAUUGAAAGACUAUACACUGUUUUCCAAAAACCCACUAUCUCAUCUCUCAGUACAAGAGGAAGCAACUGUCAUAUAAGGCCUAUCUGAAAGAAUUGUUAAUGAAACAUUGUUAUUUUUGCUUAUCUGAGUGUAUCUUUAAGUAUUUUGCCUGUCAAAUGAAUUUGAUAGCUAAUAAAAUUCAUCAAGCCAUCA